AUAAUAAAAAUGGCUAAAAAUCAUCAUCAUCAACAACAACAACGAACAUUUCAACGUUCAGGAAAUCUAGUAGCCUUUAAGUCGGAACGAAAUCAAGUGACAAUUGAUGAUCUAAAGAAACAUGAAAUGGAUAACAACAACAAUGAACAGAUUGUUGUUACAUGUGAUUCAUCAAUCAAAAUGUUUACAUUGAAUGAAAAAGAUUGUUUGAUGGCCAUCAUAUUGGAUGAUAAUGAUAAAAUUAUUCUCUACGAUACAACAUUAAAUCGUCGUAUUGAACAUCAUAAUCAAAUGAAAUUGAUUCAAUCAUUUGAAUUAUUAUUUAUACAUUUAGGUGCAUUAUGGUCAGGACGAAUGCAGCAAUCAAUGGACAAUAACAAUAAUAAUCGACAAUUAGAAUUUCAGAUACAACAAAUUAAUGAUUUUUCACAAAUGUCAUUGACGGUUCCAAGUGAUCAUCAUCAUCAUUAUCAUUUAUGUGGUUAUCAUGUAAACAAAGAUAUGCUUCUAUGUAUAUUUGAAUCGAAAAAAGAUAAUAAUAAUGUUAAAAAUGAAAAUGAAAAUUCAAUUAUACAUUAUCAAAUACUUGAUUCAAGAGAUCUUCAAAGAAAAAAUCAUUGGCCAAUUUAUGAUGGUGAAGGUGGCAAAAUAAAUCCACAAUCAUUACAGACGAAUUGGAAUAAUACAUUGAUUGCAUUCACCAUUGGUGGUGGUAACGGCGGCAACAGCAACGUGAUUAAUAUAAUCGAUUUGAAUGAUAACCAUCAUCGUAUAAUUGAAUAUAAAAUUCCCAUACAAUCGUCAUCAUCAUCAUCAUCAUCAUCACCGAUAAUAGCAAUUGAAUUCGAUUCAAUACAUCACCAUUCAUUCUGUGUAUCGACAAGACAAACAUUUCAUUUUUGUUUUUAUUCACCAGAAAAUAAUGGACGAUGCUAUCGAUAUGAUUCGAUAGCAGCUAUCAACAAUGAAAACAAUAACAAAAACAAUAGCAUUGAACAAUCAGAGGAAUCGGUAAAUCAACUUGUUGCAUAUAAAAUACCUGAUUUAUACAUUUUCAAAAUGAACAAUAAUAAUGGUAUUUGCAUUAUUAAAAAUAAACAUCAACAAUAUUAUUUGAAUAAACGUGAAUAUGUUGAAAAUAUGUUGAUUAAUUCAGAUGAUGAAAAUCAUUUUCGAAAAUAUUUAUAUUGUGAUUCAAAGAAUGAUGAUGAUGAUGAUGAAGAUAAUUAUGAAUUAUGGCGAUUGAUGGCAAGAAAAUGUGUAAUGGAAAAAAAUAUUGAUUGGACAUUCAUUUGUUUAGCAAAAAUGGGUAAUGUUGGCUUAGUACGAACAUUAAGACAAGAGAUGGCAACACAAAAUGGUCAUCAUCAAAUUGUUCUAUUCCUAAUGAUGAUACAUUUGGAUCUAAUUGAAGAAUCUGAACAAUUAUUAUUGGAAAUUGAACCAUCACAACGAUGUAAAUUGUAUUGUUUGCAAGAAAAAUGGCCAAAAGCUUUUGAAUGUGCAGAUAAAAUUGAAUUGAAAAAUCUUCAUUAUCAAUAUGGUAAACAAAUGGAAAUGGAAAAUCGUAUUAUGGAUUCAAUCAAUUAUUUUGAACGUGCUGAUAAUGUUGGCGAAAUUGUAAGAAUGUUGUUUGAAAAUGAAAAUAUAGUGGAUUUGAAAAAUUAUUGUCUAAAAAAGAAGAAUGGAAAAUAUGACACGAAAUUAGUUUCAUGGUGGGGUCAAUAUUGUGAAAGUCAAUGUGAUCAUUCAAAAGCAUUGGAAAUGUAUCGUCUAGCAAAUGAUCAUUAUAAUCUUGUACGAUUAUUAUGUCAUUUAGGACAAAAAGAUAAAGCCAUUGAAUUGGUUGAUGAUUAUCUACAACAACGAUCGGAUGAAAUAAAAUUGAAUGAUAAUAUUGAUGAUGAUCAUGAUGGUAGUGGCAGUGAAACGCCUGAAAUGACAGGUGCCAUAUUAUUUCUUGGUAAACAUCUUGAAUCCAUUGAUAGUUUACAAUCGAUUGAUUAUUAUCUACACUGUUCAGCCAUACGACAUGCAAUACGUGUUUGUAUUGCAUAUGAACAUUAUGAUAAAUUGGUUAUGAUUGCCAUCAAAUAUCUUACGAUGAAUGAAUGUAGAAAUAUAAUUAAACGAUAUUUUCCACUACAAAAUGAUUUUCAAGAUAAAAUGGUCAGUGAAGAAAAUAUGGCAAUGCUUUAUUAUAAAGCUGACCUAAUUAAACAGGCAAUAUUGUUUGCAAUCAAAUAUCGUUUAUGGCCAUUUCUUCGCCGAUGUCUGCAAGAAGAAUUGGAAAAAGAUGAACGACGUUUCAUCAGUGGACAGGAUGAAAUCGAUUUAAUUAUUGAAUAUCUACGCGAAGAUAAUAGUAUUGUUGAUAUUGUAAUUGAUCUAAUACUUUUAUCAUCGAAUCAAGAACAAUUUGAUUCAAUCACACAGUUGAUUCAUCAAUUUGGUAUCGAUUUAAAUGAUCAGAUAAUGGAAAAAUUGGAACAAUUUGUUUCGAAACAUUCAAAUAAUCAAUCUUUGAUGAAUACAAUAGCUGAAUUAUGUUUAGAGAAAGGUAAUUAUCAAUUGGCAGCAAAACUUUAUAAUAAAAUCGGUAAAAGAGUGGAUUCUAUAAAAGCAUUGAUUCGUACCGGCCAAUCGGAUAAAAUAAUACAAUUUGCAAAUGUUGCUCGUGAUAGAACGGUAUUUAAAUUGGCUGCAAAUUUUCUACAGACAAUCAACUAUGAAGAUACUGAUCAGGUGAUUCGAUUCUAUACAAAAGCACAAGCACAAGACGAAUUGGCCAGAUAUCGAGAAACAUUGCAACAAUGAAUAAAUAAUAAACAUCAAUCUAUCAAUCAAUCAAUAACAUAACAUUAUAGAAUAUAUUUUGAUAACGACCACAAUUUCGACAAGGUCGGUCGAUUUUUGAACAAUCGAUCGAUUAAAA